UACUGAUCGUGUUGUGCGUUCAGUGUCCUUAGUUUGUUUUAGGCGUUGAGAGUGAAUAUUUGUUAUAAUUGUUAGUUUUGUAGUGAAGAACAAUUUUAAUGGCUUCAGAAGAUUAUAUACCUUUGAGCGGAGAAGGUGAACAAUAUGAAGUGAUUGAUGAAGUAACAAACACGGAGUUUAAGGGCAUGGACGAUGCUACUAAAAAGGGUGAAAUAAUCCUGCAAGGUUCAGAAGUAUAUGGUACCUCAGAAACACACAGAGAAAUACGGUCAUCGUUAGAAAAAGAAGGAUUAUCAGCGCAUGACAUUUAUGAAGAAAGCAGUAAACAGGCACAAAGUAUGAGUGAAGAAGCAAGUACUGUUCACACUAAAGACGCUGAUAUAACCAAGGCACCCCCACCAGAACAAGUGGUUGGUGUUGAGAAUUCAUCAGAAGUGAAUAGAAGCGUAUCCAAGUUGUCAGAUAAGUUGAAAAUUACAGGUUCUGUAAAUGCAGAAAAAAUGGAUACUGUAUAUAUUAAAUUUGUACAAAGUGUUACUCAGACUGUACCAGAAGAAAGUAAGAUGUUAGAUGAGAAAACCAUCAAUAUUGAGGCAAACCAAAAUAAUGAAUCUGAGAAUAAAAUGGAAGUUAUUAAACCCAAGUCAUCCAAAGACAUUUUACUAGCACCCUGUGCAGAUGUCCAACACAAAAAGGCUAUUGUUUCAAAUUUGAAUGUUUUAUUAGUAGGUGGAUUGUAUCCAGGACAGUCUGGGGACCUGAAACAGUUGUUGAAUACAACACUGGGAGCCCGCUCCCACGUUAUUGAACCACGACAGAAAGGUGAUGCAGUUCUGCGUGUACGUUUCAAAUCCAAGGAUGAAAUGGAAAUUGCCAAAACUCUUUUGCACAAUCAGCUUUUCUUGGGCUCUAAACUGUCAGCAGUGGUGCAGAAUAAUCAGAAAGAAAAACGCAAAGCUGAGGAGGGAGAUGAGACUAACAAACCACCUGCCAAGAAAUUGAAACAGGAACCAUUUGCACAGAAAUCCUCAAAAGUGACAUACAAAGCUCAGAUUGCUGAGAAGACUGCAGAUGUUCAUGCAAAGCUGCAUCUACUAGCUAAUAUUUUAGGUGGAAAUUAUCCAAAGUAUAAUGGCCUGAUUACUCAGAGACAGCUGAAAUAUGGUGGUUUAAUUUGUCCUUUGAACAGAUUCUCUGCUUGUUCUCCGAAUAAGCGUUUUGAAAACUGGUGUAAAUUUUCAGUUGGCACAGAAGAAGCGACUGGUCUGUUUGCAGUAGGUUUACGUGCUGACAGUGGCUAUGUGAAUAAGAUCUCAUCAGUGAAACACAACUUUCCUCCCCAUGUGGUAAAGGUAGCAAAGGUUUUUGAGAAGAUGGUUCGUGUAUCUGAGAAGGCUUCAGAAGAUUCUGUGGGCAGAUGCCAGCAUCAGUUUUGGCAUGAACUUGUCAUACGUACCAAUGAGGCAUGUGAGCUGAUGCUCAUUGUGUAUGUGCAUGGUUCUGAAGAAUUGGCUCUUGGCAGGAUGGAACGUUUGAACAAAGAGUUGAAAGAAUUCUUUGAAAAUGGAGAAAGAAAUAAUUAUGGUAUCACCUCAAUCUACACCAAAGUGACGUACACUACUGCUCGUAUCCCGCCACAGUUAAAGUUGGUGGUGGGGUCUCCAUACUUUGAAGAAACAGUUAUGGACCUAAAGUUCCAACUGCAGCCAACAGUGCACUUCUGGAGUAAUAUCGAUGCAGCCAGAAUGGUGUGCACGGGAGUUAAACAACUGCUGACCCCUGCAAAAAACAAUGCGCUUUUGGAAGUGAGCUUUAGUGGUCUUGGACUGGUUGGAUUGUAUUUAUCAAGGGAUGUUGGAGAAGUUCUGAGUGUGGAUGCACAACGGACUGCGGAAGAGGCACGGAAGACUGCCACACUUAACAAUAUCACAAACUGCAAGUAUUUUGAUGGCAGUCCUGAGGUGGUGCUCCAUAAAGUUGCUGAGAACAUUAAAUAUAACAAGGCCUGUGCUGUCAUGAUAUGCAGUGGAAACAACAUUUCUGCCUGUGUCAAGGCAAUGGAAGAGCUGAGGAAGAUAGAGAAAGUGCGGCGACUGGUGCUAGUGACGGAGGUGUUUAAGUCACGCUUUAACUUUAUAUUGACGUUGUGUAACCCUACCAGACGGAAAGGCAGGGGUAACCCAUUCUUCCCUAUGAGAGCAAUUCCUGUGGACACAGUGCCUAAAGGAAAGGGCUAUGUUCUGUUGAUUCUGAUGCAACGCAUUGGACUUCUCAGCCUUCAUCAGACUGUGAACCAAACAGUCAAUGACCCUGCAAUGCAAUCUACAGGAAAGGGCCCAGGAAAUUGCAGAGCAGCUGGUAUUGUCAUGCCAUAUGAUAAAGAAGCCAGAAAUAGAAGAAUGAGGCAAGGAGAUGCUCGACUGAAAAUUAUCAUGAGACGGGAGGAAAGGGAAUUGUUACAGCAGAGAAAUGAGAAAUAUUCAUUCAGAGUUCCUGAAGGACACAUGUUUGAAGGCAGAAUGUCAGGGGAGUCACAUUUCUACAAACAGUACCCGAGAACAGGGCAGUUUGAUAGACCAUAUUCUCAUACUCAGUCAAGUGUUCUGGAAGAAGGUCAGCUCAAAGAUUUAAAGGCCAAAGAAUGGAAGAGAAUGAUGGAGAAGGAAGAACAGCAACAUUGGUUAGAGAGGGAGGAACAGAGAAGAUGGUUGGAGAAGGAAGAACAUGGAAAAUGGAUUGAGGAGAAAGAAUUGAAGAGACAGAUAGAGGAGAAAAAAUUAAAGAGAUGGAUGGAGGAAGAGAGAGAAAGAGAAUUGAUGAGAACAGGUGUGAACCUCAGAACCACAAACAGUGUGGUGCAGGAUCUGAUAGCAGACUCACUCAGAGAAACGACCAUAUCACAGCUGUCUGUAGAGACGGCCCAGAAACUGAAGCAGUUGAUAGCAGAAGCUGUCAGGAGUGUGGGAGUGAUUGACCAAGAUGAGAGGCAAAGUAUUUUCAAUACCAGCAGAGGGAUUGGUGGAAUCCACCCAAGAGCUGUCAUGAGCUCUCAGCUUAGGAGGUCUGACAAGGAAAUGCUAGAGGGUGACACUCAUUAUGUCAGGGAAGUUGAUUAUGUUCAUAAACAUAUGGAAGUUGAUAAUGUGCAUCAACAUAAGCAUAAUGCAUGUGGAAGUGCAGUAGGGAGGCAUGAGGACAAGCAAAUACCACACUCACGGCAUUUUGAAAAGGUGUAUUCUCCUUCUGCCAUGGAAAUUAGCAGUCUCUAUCAGCGUAGGUAUGAAGGUGAGUCAUCUGGUGGAAGCAAUAACAAUCUGCCACACGGGGAAGGUGAGAACUCUUACACGAGGCACAUUUAUCAUUCUGAUGUUAAUACCAGUCAGAUGCAGGAAGAGAAAUUCAGUCAGAAGCUAAAUAAUUAUGUGAGUUAUGAGCAUUUGGCUGGCAGCUAUGUGAGGAAUGCCCACCAGGCAUCACAGAAUAUAAGGCCAUUAUUUAAUUCUGGCAUGGAAAAGACGUCAGGCAGUAAUGUGAGGCUUCAUGCACCGAAUUGGAACACAGUAAAUGCUGAGACCAACUAUAUUCCACUUUCUGAUGCAAGAAAAGAAAUUGCAUGCAGUAUUCCAAAACCACCAGGCACUGAUGAUGCAUAUUUUCCAGGUAGAAGCAACUACGUUUACAGGGACUCUGUGCCAGGUACCAGUUUUCGCUGGCAGGAGGAUUCCACACAUACCUGGUAUUAGAAACUAAAGAUUCAUCCCAGAACUACAGAGAGAGGAUGUAGGUUGUUCAGGGACAGGACAGGGCACAAUACAGUGGCUGCUUUAUGUAAUCUGUACACAGAAAUCAUGUCAUUGAUUAUAAGCCAAAAUAUGGCAAUGAAAAUAUAUAAUUAACAAUAUGAAUGUUUCAUUCUGAAGCUCAUGUCUCUUUCUGUCAGUAGAUUAAGAGUAUUUUUGCUGCAAGGGGGAUGAACUAUCACCACUUUCUCACACACAUAUGUAAUAUAUAUACAAUUCUAGCCAUAAUUACCUGCAUCCAUACCCAUAUGCUCAUAAUUUAUGCAAUAUAUAGGGAAAUUUAUCAUAUGUUAAUACUGUAUUUAUCCACAUCCUAUGCAGAACUUUUUUCUAAAAUGUCUGCAUAAAAACCAGAUGUGCAUCAUUCAACGAUUCAGUUUUGAUAACACCAAGUGGUACAAGGUGUAGACAAUACAGCUGUUAAAAACUAAUGAAAUAAAGUGACUACAAUUACUGUCUUUGAGAGAAUGAUGAUGUUAGGAGCAUCACAGCAAAUAGGGAAUUAUAUCAUGGUCAGAAAUUUUUAAAGUGAAUUAAGUUUGCAUUCAAGACUGGAAAAAACAAGAUAUCUUUUUUAUCUUCUGUAAAUUAAUGGUUAGAGUUAGGUAUUGCAUAAUGGCUUCCUAAUGCAUAAUAAAACAUUUUAGCAUUCAAAGGUGCUAGUACCAUAGGUUGGGAUGCUGUUAAAGACAAAAUCAAUACAUAUGGUAGUGACUAGCAUUAAAGCAUACCAGUGAUUGUGAGACAGCGUUGUAUGUUUUUAUAAAAAUUUCCUUGCUAUUGCAGUUUUAUGAACCAUCAUGUUUGCUUGUGUAGGUUUCUAGAGUGUGAGUAGCCACAUUUGUAUGAUGUGUUAUUGUUUGUUUUACAAAAGUAAUGUUUUUUUUUAAUGUUAUAAAAAUUGCAGUGCACAUCUUUGUUAAGGGUGCAUGCAGUGUUUCUAUAAUGCAGUAUACACUGUAACUGGGAACAAAACUUCACAAUAAGCUUCAAAAGUUGAUUUUGAACUUCAAAUAUUUUAUGAACCGUAGAGUGUGGAUCACAUAUUUAAAUUUUGCUUAUUACUUUUCGAUCUGGCCUGUCAGGCAUGCAGCUUGUAAAGCUCUGUCUUGCAGCCCAUCUCUUUGUAUUAACCUAAAAAAUUACAGAAUUUUCAAGACUAGUUGUAAGAUCAUAUUUGUAUUUGAAGAUCUUGGGGCUUCUCUUCUUUGUUUAUUUCAGAAUUAAAAUAAUUUUAAUUUUAAGUAAUAUAAUUACCUCAUUUUGAAUUAGUUGUUACAAACAAUUGCCAUUAAUUAGUUUGAACAUUAAAGAAAUAGCUUUCAGUAGUGUGUAUUUAAAGUAGCUUACGAUACAGCCUAUUGGUAUGCUGUGAGAGAUUAAUUAAAAUCAUCUGGAGGGACCUGCAGAAGCAUGUUAGACAUUUCACUUAGAUUAGCAUACUUCUAAGUGUUGUGUAGUAUGUAAAUUGGUUUAUAUUUCUUUUUAUCUUAUACCAUGCAACAUUUCUCAUUAAUUCAUGUAUAAAAUGCACCUAAUGUGCUUUCACAGUGUCCUGUGUUUACUUGUAAUAGGUUUUAUGCAUUAAAAGUUGAGUUGCUAUACCAUA